CGAAAUUCGAUCUGCUUGAAAACGAGUAGUAAAGGGGAAUCGUGACAACGUCGACCACUCUAUCUUUGCAUCGACUGAUCCGACUAAUCCGACUAAUUCGAAGGAACCGUUCCCUGUCAGAAUCGGAAAGCGAAGAAGAAGGACACGUAAUAGCAGGGAAAGAAGAAAGAGAAGCGAGAAGCGAGAAGAGAACCGAAAGAAGGGUGAAUCGUCCGAUUGUACGCGCGAGAUCGUGAAAGUUAUCAACGAUUCGAGUACGAAUACGAAUACAACGAAAAAGUUACGAGGGUUAGGAAAUAUUUGAUAGUAUCCGCGCGGAGAAAGCACGCUACCGGUUACACGGCGUACAAGGGAGGAACAAAUGAUGCGAUACCGUUUGCCGACGAAUGCGUUAGCGGCGGUACCACGUAUCGAAAUAACAUAAACGAAAGAAAGGAAAGAACGGGACAGGCUGUUCGACGAUCGACGAGAGGAGGGGUGAGGAGUGGAGCGGAGCGGAGUGGAGAAGAGAGGAGAGGAGAGGAGCGGAGCGGAGUGGAGAGGAGCGGAACUUUGCAAAAUAUUUGGGAAUAAUUGAUAAGGAGAAAGUAGUGAGAAAGAGGAAGGGUAGAAGGUUCGAAUACGUAUAAUUGGCGAAUCAUUCGACAGAUUUCGACAGAUUUCGACAGAUUCGAAUUAUCGAUCAGAAAAAUUGGAAUCGGUGAAAUUGGUGAAACUGGUGAAAUUGGUGAAAUUGGUGAAAUUGGAAGACGCGGUUCGAUUCGACGACUCCGGAAUACCUUUUGACCGUUACAGGAUUCGUCUCGAUCCAUCGGAUUCGAUCGAAGCCGAGUGUACGGCAAACGAUACGUUUCCGUCUUGUUCGGUUGUCAAGGAACGAUCGAAUAUGGAAAUCGCAGCCUCUGCAAUGUUGGAUGGCCUGAAAAAUAAUCGAAUCAGCAAGUUGGCACUGUCGCGGUUCUUGUCGCAGAGUCUGUGAGUAAAUUAACCCGGUCGUUGGUCACGAGCACGUAAUCGAUUCGACGCGAUACGAGUAAAGAGGGUGCUCGCAAGCACCGGCACGUAGCGCGCACUAAUUGAUUGCUUGGCUUGGUUUCUAUGCUUCUGCCGACGAAUCGCGUUCCAUCAAUUGCGUCAUUUAGACAGUUUCAUUGCAUUCGUUACAACUCGACUCGUUUAUCGCCUGCGAUUGCUUCCCAUCGAGCCGAUCGAUCGGAUCGAGCGGAUCGAUCGGAUCGAGCGGAUCGACCGCCGAGGCUCGUUUCUUUCGAUCGUCGCGUUCGAAUAGGCCACGGACAUGCUGGUUCUCGACGGGCUUUUCGAUUCACGAGAGAAACGAGUCUCGCGCGAUACGUCUCCCCGAACCACGAUAAUCUUUGUCGACCUAUCCAUUAACUUGCGCUUUAGAUACCCAGUAUCGAAAACUAUCGAACGAUCGUCCUUCGAGUCGUCGUGCUCCAGACGAUCGAUGCGACCGAUCGAGCUCAUUUUUCCCAUUGAUUUUUUGCAAAGCUUUCGAUCAAAACUGCAAGCGCGUAGAAUUUUAUUUGGUAAUUCGUAUAUAGAUGCGAGCGUAGUUGUAGACGUAGCGUUAGCGGUAGAAAUAGAAGUUUUCGAUUUUCGAUUUUCGGUUCAGAAGAUAGUCGUCGGGGUGAAAGACGAAGAAGAAGAAGUAACGAUGAGAGAGGAGAAAACGAGCGAGCGCGAGAGGGAGAUAGCGACCGAAUCGGCAGGAGAGGGAGUGUGUCUGUCGAACGGCGAGUACUUCGAUUCGAUUCGAUCGAGUCGCAAACUAGCCAAUUGUUUCGCAUCGUACGCGUGUCCCGCCCGUUUUUUAUGCCUCCCGUGUUGCGAGCACUCGAGCACGCGAGGUAUAAUCAUCUUGGAUAAAAAUAUCCGACGAUACAUCGCAUGGUCAGUGCUACGCGACCGAGGGUUCUCGUUCAGCGUCGAGCGUCGAGCGUCGAGCGUCGAGAGAUUCCAUCCACGGGGAUACCUAUACUCGUGUAUAGUUACAUCGGCAGUAGUCAGUGUGCACGGUCUUCAAAGGGAAGAAGAUGAACGCGUUCAUGCGUCAAAAAUAACUAUAAUGGAAACGAAUUCGAUUCUUCGGACGCGAAUACUACCUACGUCGUUUCUAUCGCACGAGUUCUUUUCACGCGGACCGUAUUCGUUGGAGUCGCGUUUGAGCAAAACGCUUGUGUAUCCGAACGAGGGAAAAGGAGAUUGGUAAACUCGAGAGAAACGCCGCUCGUGUAGAUAGAGCGCGUAUACGUCCCGCAUACAUCCCGCAUACAUCCCGCGCACGCUUCACGAGUACGAUUCGAGUCGUUUGAAUGAAUAACUUGUACAACGGGAAUGUGAACGAGUUGUCGCGCUAGUCGUGACUAGACAGACAGUUUUAAGACCGUAAAACCAUGUGGGCAGCAGUCACGAGAUCUUGGGAAAUACUGGUUGCUUUCUUCGAAUAUUAUACCAUCAGGUAAGAAGCGCGUGUUAAACGAUCGCUGACUAAAGCGCAAUUAAUAUCUCGAAUCAUUGUUGCCUUGCCUUGCGGUUAUCGCUAGAUAACGAAAUAGUAGGAAAUUUCUGUGGACCCCGUUUCGCGACGCUGUCCGGAGCGGAGCUUGCUUUCCUCCCUCUUCCUCUUUCUUAUCUAUAC